AUGGGAUGGGAUGGGAGCCAGGCGCUUGCCACCGCCGCCAGCUCUGGGCUCUCCUGGGGCCGAGGAGCGGGAGCGGCGUCUGCAGCCGGCUCUUGGCUGGCCGGGAUACCUCUGGCUGCCGCAGUGCCCGCGGGCGCGUGUGGGGAUCAGCGACACCCAUUCCCAGCGGACGGGGCACGUGAUUCCCGGCAGUCCAAAGUCCAAGGCGGAGCAGCACUUGGGUUCCCGGCGCCGCUGGGUGCGAGGAGGAUGCUCGUCCUCGGCGUGCCUGGGAAUGUCACCUCCGUGCCCGUGCCGGGCUGCGUCCUGCCCCGAGCGCUCCUGAAACAGCCCAAAGCCGGGCUCCAAGGCAGCCGGCAUGCCGAGACAAGGCGAAGAGGAAGCGAGAUGAUCCUCAGUCAUGAUGCUGCUUUCCACAUGAGGAGGAUCACAGUCUCCCUCCUYUGCUUAGUCAUGCACCUGCUUCAGGAGGAGAUAACUACAAUUUUUGCUUCRGAAAGCGAAGCCCUGCAGGAGCUGAUCAAACCACGGCAGGUGGAGUUUCAUUCAUUAAACUUCCACACCACUUUGUGCUGGCUGCCCGGGCGAGCCGGCGGGGCGCGAGACACCCGCUACUUCGUGCAGUAUAAAGUGUAUGGGCAGAGCACGUGGCAGAACAAAGAGGACUGCUGGGGGAUUCAAAGCCAUUUUUGUGACCUAACGAAUGAGACUUCAAACAUCCAAGAGCCUUAUUAUGGCAGAGUAAAAGCUGCUUCAGCUGGAGUCUAUUCCGACUGGAAUCUCAGCUGCAGAUUCACUCCAUGGCAAGAAACUAUGAUAGGACCUCCAUUGGUAAAUGUGGUUCGCAGGAAGAAAUCCAUAAUCCUAAAACUCCRGGCUCCACGUUCUCCUUACAAAAGGAAGACAGGCAGCAGCAUUCCAAUGACUAAUUAUUAUGAUCUCCUAUAUCAAGUCUUCCUAAUUAACAAUUUUUUGGAUGAGAAACACAGCACGCUGGUGUACGAAGGAGCCRACAAGGUUAUUGCAAUAGAAGAUUUGAGGCCUGGCGUCAGCUACUGCAUCAGGGCCAGGAGCCACGUGCCGGUGCUGUCCCGCAGCAGCGCGUACAGCAGGCGGCAGUGCACGGUGCUGCUGUGA